UUCUCUCUUCUCACAUCUCUUACAGAUCCUUUGAGAAACCAUUGGCUCAUGACACGAAGAUACUAGAUGCCCUGCUCAUUAUCUUUAAUCCUCCUACCUCACCUUUUAAGUCUCAUUCCCCUUGCUCAUCUAAACCUAUCCAAUGAAAACCAAGAGAAUUCGACACUAAGCUAUUCGAAGCGAGAACAAAAUGAAGUUACUAGGGUGGAUGCAGCAUAAGUUACGUCCAAGUAAUAUUGAACCUUUCAAGGAUUUCACAAUCGGGAACUAUUGUACCUGUCUUUUAGCUCACUCAUCUCUCAGUGAUCAUCAAGGCUAUGAAUAUGGAUCCAGAUAUUCAACCCUGUCCCAACAGGAAAUCGAAAACUCCUUCAGAGAAUUCAAAGGCAAGGGAGGAGAAGAUAACUUUGGAGAUGAAACAUCCAGUGUUAUCUCGGAGCUAUUCCAGGGGUUUCUCACCAUUGGAACUCUGGGAUCCCAACAAAUUAUGAGCGAGCCUGAAACGCCGACAUUCAAAGUGUCUUUGGAUAACAUAACCGAGGAUGAAACAGAGGUGACAGAAAAUGAUUUGAAGCUCAUCAACGAUGAACUGGGGAGAUUCCUUGAAGCUGAAGCUGAAGAACAUGGAUCCAAUGAAUCAUCAGGAAGGAACAGUCAGGUUAGCACGAUCACACUCAGUGGUAAGGCAAUACAAGCAGCAGCCAGUGUUGAAGAAUGUGGGAAGACAAUCCUAUGUCCACUCCAAGGAUAUCUGUUUGGGUCAUCAGUUGAACUUCCAGAACCAAGAUUCGAGGUGAAGAAGGAAAAGGCAUCACUUGCAGAACUGUUCUACAGGACAAAAGUAGCAGAAGAGUAUAAUAAUAAUCCCAUGGAAAAAAGUGGGAAAGAGGACACCCAGACCAAGCAAACCACUAAACCUGCCAAACAUCUCAUCAAGAAAAUUAUCAAAAAGUUUCAUGCUUCUUCAGGGAAAGAAGAAACUAAUUCCUUUUCAACAAAGAAAAAGCUCCAAAAGGUCAUAAAACUGUUCCACAGAAAAAUCCACCCUGAAAACUCUAUAGCUGAAAGAGAGUCUAAGAUGAAUAAUGCUCCUUAUAGUGACAAUGACUAUACUGGUGGAGACAACAUGCGGUUUCCUCAGGGAUCAAGAUCUAAGGCAGGAUUAGGAAACAACAAGAAGAAGACCAUCUCUAAACUGCCUCAAUACGGGCUUACUGGCUGUACUGCUGCAACUGAAAAUGGGGAGCACUGGAUUAAAACAGAUGCAGACUGUAAGUACAAUGCACACACCACAAAGUAAUUGUAGCUUUUCUACUAUGAAAGGGUGUCUGACCAUCUUCUGCUGCUGCUGCCACUGUAGAUUUGGUGUUGGAGCUGUAGGCGAGAAAACUGCAACAAAUGCUUCUUAGUAAUAUAUAGCAUUCAUCCUUGGCGGUAAGAAUGCCAAUCUUAUGGCUUUGUAAUAUCAAUUUGUGUUGUAGUGUGUUUGCUUUGCUAGUGAGUGGUGAUGAACUCAAUAGAAGGAAGACUAUUAGGAGGAAUCCAUCUUAGUCAGCCUCCAGCUUGUUAUAAUAAAGUUUGUGCACUUAGUAUCUUGUAGUUUCUGUAUACCCUGAAGAUGUGUUUAUGAUGGUUUUCAAGUCUCGUUCCAGUUCUUGUGAA